AUGGAUCUGUAUGGUCUUGCAUAAGGUUAAUCCAAUAAAAAUGUUGUCAUUGAUGUGUGGAUUUUUUUUUCUCGUCUCGAUGUCUGGAUUGUUACACAAACAACGUUUUAUACACUUAUAUUCCGGUACAGCUAUGUCUUUUGAACUAGGGAAGUAUAGUGACUGUCUAAUCUAGUUUGUUUGGAUACAUAGUGACCUCUUGUGUCACUUUGUUAAAUUGCAACUACACGGCAUAGUUGCCUAAAAAUAUGCCUGUCUAAAUGUUGACAAUAUAUGUUUCUUACAAUUUAUUUAUGAAGUAUUAGACCUAAAUGUGAGCGUAAAUAUUGGCCCUAAUGACAAGCCACUACAGAGGGGGUUAACAUAAACUAUGUUCCAAUAAAUGUUUAUUUUUUUCAAACAUUAUCGUCAGGUUUAAUGGUGGGCAGUCUGGACCAAGAUGUUACACAAAACGAAACAGAUAUCUGCGCUGAAAGGCGGUGUCGCUUUAAGACCCCAUACGAAAUGGGACGAUUCUGUCAAUUUCAGUUUAUUUUGUUGUAAAAAGUAUAAGGAGGAAUAUAACUGCUUAUCUCUAAUUUGUUGGUAAAGUCUCUCCUUUUUGUUUUCAAAAUAAUAAUGGUAAUGGUACGUGAUACGUGAUACGUACGUGAAAGCACAACCACCACCAAGCAAAGAUCGAUAUUCUUUAACAUUUUAAAAUUAGUCACCAUCUAUCGUGUGAUAUAAAUGGGCUUUGUGGCUUAGUGGAUAUGUAUUCUAACAAAGAAACGGCAUUGUUUACUGAGGAUAUUGUUAACAGUGUCAAAGAUUACGGUAAACUCAAACCUUGCAAAGACGUGCGUUCAGCCGCCGUUGAAGAGGUUAUUUAAACAAAGCCGGAAGUAAACGUCGGACACCUCUUUGGUUACACUGUUUCUGUGUCUGGCUUGAGUCGGAGCGGGUGGUUUUUCAGGAGGGAAACUUUGCAAGGUUUAACAGGAUUUGAGCACGAUUAUAACGAUUCGUCUAAUUACAAGAGCCAGUGCAGCCAUACUGAGAGGUAGGAGCAGACUUUGAUCAAAUAGAUUGUUCGAUUUGUCGUGUAUCAUGAUAUUUUACCCGCUUCAGUUUGCGCCAUUUUCGCUACUUUGGCACUGCACAAAUGUGCGCCUUUUAGCUCUGGCGUUCUUUGUCCCUGUUGUUUAAUGUAUUAAGAUAUGUUUGUUUUCAGAAAGAAACGUAUCAUUGUAGUUUGUUAUCUCAAGGCACACAUUAUAAAUCGGUAGAAGAAAAGAAACGGGCUUGCGUGUCAUCCAAAAUUGUGUUCAAAUCAAGCGCAAUUGCGCAUUUUUGUGCUGCAUCAGGCCGUGUCAGACGCUAACAGCGCCAGCGCCUCUCCGACUAAAACACGAUUCUGGCGCACAUGAGUUAGCUGACAUGCUAACCGGUUAGCCUCACUCAAGCUUUGAUUGUUGGCAUGUGAACACCGACGAGAUGGGAGAUUUCUACUGACGUGAAACAAAUAUCCCCCCAUGUUUCGGACCCCUGAAGUUUAUCCUCAGAUCGAGUCAAAAAAAGAGAGGUAGAGGUGUGUGCAUGGACAGGUAACGCUACCGGCUAACUUGGCUAACAUCAUGUAGUGGACCAGGCAUGUUUGGUUUAAAGUCCACUUAAAAUACACUGCUGGGGAGUGUGAUCACUUUCUAACAUCGUGAUCGAAGUUUGUGUUGAUUUUUACAGUGCAACAUCUCCAAUAACAACAACCCAGACGUGUUAAAGUUGGCAAAUAUUGAGAGAUGAAACAUGAAGUUACUGCGACACUUUCAUGUUUCUUUGCUUUAUCCUCAUUGUCCUGUACAUGGUUGCCAUAGAGAUCGUGAAUUACAGAAAGAAAGUUAUAAUUAAAAUUUUAAUUAGUUCCAUGUGUUAUUGAUAGGAAACGUGCGCGCGCGUGCAUGUGCAUGCUUAUAAUUUAGCCUCUACAGCCCAAAGCUUUAAGUCAUUUAGGUUCAUUAUGUCAGGUUUUAAACUUAAAACUUAAGCAAUAUUAGUGCUGAUGAUUAUGUGGGAUACGUUCAAGAAAACCUAUAAAACUAUUUAAAUAACAAUUUUAAUUUAUAAAUAACUCAAAGUGAGUAUGUUUUCCACGAAUAUGGAAAAGCAUGUUGAUUGUCAAGUCCACUUUUUUUAAGAACUAUUUUUGUGAGCUUUGAGUCACAAACUCAAUUGAAUUAUUGCCAUUGGAGAUAAAAUAAAGUUAUUCUUAACAGCUAAAAUCUCAUAUAAUGGGCAAAAAAAAUGCCAAAACAGUCUCAUAAACUGUCCAAUUCUUACAAGUAUUUCAGUUUUAGUUGUACAAAUCAUCAAACCUGAUCUCCUGACUUGGGAUAUUUACCGUAUGGAUGAUCAGAUCUACUCCCAAUGUUAGCUCAAAAAACAGCAUAUAAUGGAAAUAAGAUCAACACAAAUUUGCGAGUCACCUCCACAAAGUUGGAGGCUUUGUCCUGCUGAUGUCAGGUUUGGUGUAAAAUCAUUGAUUUGGAUUCUUUUGAUUGCAGGAGUCCACAAAUCAUGUCAGGGAUUGCAUUGAGCCGGCUUGCUCAGGAGCGCAAGGCAUGGCGGAAGGACCAUCCUUUUGUAAGAAAGAUCCACAUGUGCUUUCUUGACCAUGAUUGUCCAUUUGAGUUUUCAUUAUGGAUUUACAAUACCUACAUAUUUGUCCAAACUGUUUAUUUUUCAGGGAUUUGUUGCUGUACCAACAAAAAACCCAGAUGGAACCUUGAAUCUCAUGAAUUGGGAAUGUGCUAUUCCUGGCAAAAAGGGGGUAAUGUAUUUCAUAAUAUUUUUGCAUGAUAUGCAUAAUAUGUUUUACUCAAAACAGAACUAAUUCCAUAUUGAAGUAAAAUUUCUGUGGUGCACUUCCUGUUGAUGCUAGCAUAGACAGCAAAUAUAACUAUGUGUGGAUCUAGAUUACAGGAACUGAAACGGUUGUGAGAACUUGAUCAUCUUAGGAAGCAGUUAUACAAUGAAAUCUGCCAGUAAAGUCUUUUUGGUGAAAACCUGUGAGGAUAUGACAUGGAUAUCUCUUAAAAGUCUAAUCUUAUGUGUGCAUGUCUCCUCAGACUCCGUGGGAAGGAGGCCUGUUUAAACUGCGCAUGUUGUUCAAGGAUGAUUAUCCUUCAUCACCACCGAAAUGUAAGUUUCAGUGUCAGACCUGCAUUAAUGGUCCCGCGAUCACUUCAUACAUGUUAUCCUUAAGCACGUGCUUGUAGAGCUCUUUUUAUAUAUUUUAGUUAGUAGAGAGAUGGUUCACUCAACAGCAACAACUACAAAUAGUUGCAUCACAUGCACCCCACAGUGUGUAUCUUUGCAUGUGCAGGUAUCAUAUUUUAAGAUGACAGUUAGAAAAGCAACUGUUAGUGUUACUCGAUUGCUCAAUAACAAUCUCUGAGUUAGUAAAGCUUGCAGGUUUGGCACAUGACCAAACAAAACUACCUGUCAUCGUUCUUCCUUUCAAUCAAAAGUCCCUAAUGGUUUAUUGAAGAAAAUACCGAUCAAGCCAAAGCUAACUGCAGCAAAAUAGUGUGGAGUGAUUGGCUAUUAAAACUGCAGUAGCCACAACACUGAAAAAUGAAGUUUCCGCAUUGGUAUUAUGUAUUAGAGGGGGGAAGUAACUCUGAUAUAUAAUGCUAAAACCUGCAGUGUUGACCAUAGUAGCAUUCCAAAUAGAUACAUUGUGAAAGUCUGAAUGUAUUGCUGUAAAAAUCAAAAUAUAUUAUUUUGUAUAAACAAGCAAUGCUCUUCUAUUGAACUUCACAUUUGAAUCAUUAGAAAAGUGUAAGUGUUGUACCUUUACAUCGUUUCAGUGCAGUCAGGACGCUCAUGUUCAGUUAAUGGUGGGAAAAAAAAACAUUUUUCUAACUUUUCUCUUGUGAGUUAAAAAAAGGGGAUACAAUCUAAUAAACACUCUAAAUUUUGGUAAUUAUUGAACUCAUCUAGGGGUUGGAGAAAAAAAUCAAUACAGCAUAAUAUCGCACUAUUUUGUCUGGUGAUAUAUAUUAUAUAGUCUCAUUUACAAAGUAUCAAUUUUAAAAUUAAUUGUUAAUAUGAAGUCAAAUCUAUGAUAAUGGGAAAAUAAAAUCAACUGUUUGUCCAGUGAGAUUGGCAGAGGUGACAUCAUAGAGCAGGAGAGAAGCAGUGCAACAAAUAUAAGUUUUGCAAGAUGUGCUACGCGAAAAUAAAAUGCAGCGUAAAUAAGACAGAGACAAAGGAAAGACAAAUGCUAAAUUAGCUUAACAUCAUCCCCUACUCAUAAUCGCCAUUGCAAUACUGAAAAGUAUGGUCACAAAUUGCGUGUGUGUGUGUGUGUGUGUGUGUGUGUGUGUCAUGUGGGGCUUAUCUUUGUACCUGCAGGUUUAUAAAUAGAUCUCUGUAUUCUUCUGUUGAAAAGUUGUCCCUUCUCAACCUCACAGGAGUCCUGUUUGUCUUCAAACACGCACAUUAAUCAUAAAUUUUAUUUGUUUCAAAUGAUAAAUAGCAUGUGAACAACUCAACUGCACCUCACAAGUUCAUUUGUAAAGCUUACUUAAAAAGUGUAUGCUCUCUGUUCUACUGGAGAAAGUCGCAUUUUAUUUGGUCAGUUUUUUGUGUUUGUAUUUUAUUAAGGUUGUGUACUUUUCAAAAUACUGAAACCAUACAAAAAACAAUUGUUUGUCUGUUAGUGAGUCACACCUGCAUAAAAUGUGUUGUAUUUCUAAACAUUUUAUAUCGCAGACAAGGAACUUGCAACUUCCUGCUUUUUGACAUUUUGUUUUCUCCCUCUCAUCCAGAGCAAACAAAUAUUUGUUUCUGUGCAGGAAUUUGUGUUCAUAACUUACAAACACUACAAAUUUUCUCAGAGUUGAUCUGCAAUCAACUCUUGUCACUACACACCUCUCUUGGCAGGCAGUUCAUUGUCAUAGUCCUCGUUGUUUUUUCCAUCCAGUCCAUCCUCAACUGUUUAUUAUGACGUAGAGCUAAUAGUUGUAUAUAAUUUGGCUGCUCAGUGCUGGCCUGUAAUUGUGUGAACCAGAUUAUUACAACACCACUCUGGGUCACUCACGGCGUCAGGGCACUGUAACAUACAGACUCUAAUAUCAGAGCUUUAACAGGACUACUGUUGUCUGAAUGUCACAUUAAAAUAACAUCAAGCCUCUGCUGGUGUGAACUCCAGGAGCUGCUGCCUUUAAGUGAAACAGCUGAGCUUGAAAACGCCUGGUGACAUUUGUGGAAUUUGUUUAUCUGGCUGACAUUUGUAACGGAUCCGAAACUUAAGUGCACUUAACAUUUGAUUGUGUUGUAGGUAAAUUUGAGCCUCCACUCUUUCAUCCAAACGUGUACCCAUCAGGCACAGUAUGCCUAUCUAUUCUAGAGGAGGACAAGGACUGGAGACCAGCCAUCACAAUAAAGCAGGUGAGGACCGCCAAGUAUGCAUCAGUUACAUAUCGGAGCAAACGGCUCAUACCAUGACCUUGGUCUCUCUGUAUCUGUGAGUGGCUUUAAAAUGCUGAGUGUGUCUGUCAUCUUGAGCUUUUUACUCACCUUUGGUCAGGUGUAAAAGACAUUAAGCAGAUAAAUGACCCCCAGAUGGGUUCGCCCCCUUUCAAUAAAUGAAUUCCAAUAUGUAAAGCUCAGAGAGUUAAAUGAGAGGACACAUUUUAUCAUUGUACUAAAACAAUGUGUUAAUCCAAUUCCAUGGAAAGUAAGGGAAAGUAGAAGAGUGAGGGAUCAAUACCUGAUAAUCCAAUCCUUACAGAGGCGCAAAGUAAUUCGAGACCUGUUCAGAAGCCCGGUUUAAGAGUGUAUAGAAUACAGGGACAGGGUUGUGGGAGUUCUCCUGACUCAACUUCAAAACAAUGCAAAUAUUCUGACAGAAUAGGAAAAAUGAAACAGCUAGUUGUAUUAUUGUCAAAAGAUUUUUAAAAUCACCCGAUUUAGAUUCCUUCAUUUGGAUUCAACCAUCAGUCCAUCUAAUUGAGUUUUUCCUACCUUAGAUCUUAUUAGGUAUCCAAGAACUCCUAAAUGAACCAAAUAUCCAGGAUCCAGCCCAAGCAGAAGCUUACACAAUCUACUGGUAAGUAUAAUUCAUCUCUGCAAACAUGCACCCAAUGUGUUAAAUGAUAGAAAAUUGCAUGUCUGGUUUCUCUUUCUGACACGUGUUUGACACGGGUGAGUUUUAGUUGCACCGCAAUACUUUUGAUAUUAAACUUACAUUGUGUUAAUAGUAACAAAACAUGUGCAUUAACUUUGAAAAUGAAAUAGUUGUCAUUAACUUUUUUCAUCAUUUUACACCUGUGUAAGUAAAGCAUCUGUCUGUAAUAUAAUUUAAUCAAAAGAAUCUCUGAACAGCUAUAAAACAUGCUCAAAAUACGUCCACCUUCUAAAUCUGGAAUAUCAAUCUCACAAAAGAGAGACCUAACAGAUUCCUGAUUUUUUUUCUUUGACUAUAUCAAUUGAAAAGGGAUUUUUAUUCAUUUUCUCAUAAUUUUAAAUAGUUCUUGUUUCUUAUUUUGACAAAUUAUCAGAGAACUGAAAUAACAACUUGUUUUUAUAUCACCUUUCCAGCCAAAACAGAGUAGAAUAUGAAAAAAGAGUUCGAGCACAAGCCAAAAAGUUCUCCCCCUCGUAA